ACAUUUAACACAACUUUUGAAUGUUUCAGUUGAUCUUCUGAGUUUUCUUUAUUUGCACCUCUUCUGGCUCUUUUUUGAACAUUUCUCAGUUGGCAGACGUGCACAGCACGGCAGAUUCUUACCGCUCGACAGCUUUCCGUCCAGGUGCCGUCACAGAUGGCGAACUCCUCAUGGUCGCCGCCGAUGGUGUUGGAACUAGACGGCCUGAGCGGCUGCAGUGUCAGCCAGCGGCGUGUUUACUUUGCGCUGGCACUCGUGUCAUAUGUGCUGACGCUGCUGGUGAACUUGACGCUGAUGGCGACGGUGGCGGCGGAGAAGACGCUGCACCGGCCCAUCUACGUACUGGUGUGCAACUUGUGUGCCAACGGCAUGCUGGGAGCGUCUUGCUUCUACCCCAAGCUGCUUCACGACCUGCUGGCUGAGGUGCAUGUGGUGUCAUAUGUCGGCUGCCUGGUGCAGGUCUUGGUGCUCUACUGCUAUGUCUUCUGUGAGUUUGCCAGUCUAACGCUGAUGGCCUAUGACCGCUAUGUGGCCAUCUGCUGCCCGUUGGUCUACCGUGCCAUCAUGACCACGCAGAAGGUUUGGCGGCUGCUGCUGCUGACAUGGUUGUUGCCGCUGCUGGAGACGACGGCGGGCGUGAUUCUGACGGCUCGCCUGCCGCUGUGUGGCCGGCGGAUCCAUCGACUCUACUGUACCAACUGGGCGCUAGUCAAGCUGUCGUGCGUCGACAACACCGUCAACAACGUCUACGGCUUCUUGCUGAUGUUCCUGCAGGUGGCGCAGGCCGUCCUCAUCGGCGUCUCGUACGGCCACCUAGUGCGUGCCUCGCUGCGUUCGCGCAGCAACCGCCGCCGCUUCGUGCAGACAUGCGUGCCCCAUGUGCUUACCCUCACCGUCUUCACUGGCUCGGUUUGCUCUGACGUUCUGUUAGAGCGCUACGGCGGUGACCAGUUAGCGGGCUGGCGCCACGGGCUGGCUGUGUUGUUCAUUGUGGCUCCGCCCCUCCUCAACCCGCUCAUCUACGGCAUCAACCUGCACCAGCUCCGGCAUCGCGUCCUUGCAAACUUGAUGCCGUGGCGCCGCGCUCCCUAGGCGUCAAACUGAAAGCCGGAGCCGCCACAUAAUUUUAUGCAUCUUGCAAAAGCAAAUCAUGUGUCAUCUCUUCCACGAUCCUUGCUAAAAUCUGUAAAUUGUCAUCUGCAACAAAUAACUUGCUGUGAGGUGGCGUUCUCUACUUCUGUGCGUGGUGUUCUCCAGCGCGCCGGCGACUAUGCGCCCCACGAGGUUCGCAUCGGUUUCGGUUGCGCCUUCCAGGUGGUGCCGGGGGUCACAAUGACACAUACAGCAAAGUUGCAAGAAAUUGCUUUGAGGCCGUCACGAGGACGCAGGUGUGCUCCACGCUGACGUCGGCCAAAAUAACGCAGACUUGACGUACCAGUACAAUCCAUACAGAUUUGACUGAUCUUGUGUAUGAAACAUGGUCUAUUGCUGUGGCUGCCUUAAAGCAGUCAUAAAUAUCUCAAUGUUGUAUUUAUUACACUCAUGUCUUGUUAAAUUGGACAUGAAUGAUACACCUUGACU